UAACGUACCCACCCCACACGACAUUCGAGAAUUAGGAACAGUCGCAUCAUCUCAUUCAUAGUGAUCCGGUGCAACUUCUACAUGCAUAUCUUAAAGAUGAUCUAUAGGGCACGCCAUGAAGAACUCGUUUCGAUGCAUGUUUUCAUUCUGAUUCACUGUUGGCCCCACGCCCUGAAAAGUGACUUGAUCAGAUGGAUAUGCCGGGAACACAUAGUAGUUGCUAGUGGGUCUCUGGAAUUGAGAUGUUCGCUGAAUGCUGCUGGUCAUACUAGUAGAGUCAUUUCUGAACAGGUUGAUCGUUUGGCUCGCAUGUACUGGGUCACUUCUCUUAACGUAACACGGUCGGGAGGGGGGGGGAAUAAACGAGCGUCCUACUUGGGUCACUUCUCUCUGUUCCAUAUUGCUUCGCCCUUGAUCACUGGGUUCCGUGCGAAGGGAGAUGGCGCCCCCUUCUCCAUGUAUGAUCUGCAAUUAACAAACAUGGAAGACCUCUUGUUCGCUGAUGGGUUCCUCGCAUACGGCGAGGUUCUGAAGGAGAGGACGGCGCUCUUCGUUCUGGGACAUGUGAACGAUUCGUCUUGUGUGCUAAUGGGUUCGGAGGACAGAGUGCGGUUUAACUGGUCGCUGUAACCAUAUAUAUUUAACAACCUAUUGUACGACUUGGCGAAGC